AUGGUAUUAAAAGGAGAACGAGCGCAGCGACAACGGAGCUACUGGACGCUGUUUUCAACCCUCAGCUUCGGCUACACAGAGCAGCAGGAGUGUAGCUCCAGUGUGGACCAGCAGGAGCCAGAGCCCCCCCCACACAUUAAAGAGGAACAGGAGAAACUGUGGAGCAGUCAGGAGGGAGAGCAGCUUCAAGGGCUGGAGGAGGCUGAUAUCACCAAGUUCCCAUUCAAUCCUGUCCCUGUGAAGAGUGAAGAUGAUGAAGAGAAAGCUCAGUCCUCACAGCUUCAUCAGAGACCAACUCAGUACAUGGAAACAGAAGCUGAUGGAGAGGACUGUGGAGGACCAGAACCAGCCAGGAACUCACAUCCACUUUUACAACCAGAGACUGAAGACCAGACUGGAGAUCCUUCUGAUCCUGAGACUGAUAACAGUGCUGAUUGGAAGGAGACCAGUGAACCUCAGUCAGCUUUAAACUCUCUGAAACAUGAUUCAAGAUGUAAGAAAACAUUCAGCUGCUCUGAGUGUGGAAAAAGAUUUGGCUACAAGUAUAGUCUGAACAGACACAUGAUGACUCACACAGGAGAUAAACCUUUUAACUGCUCUGAGUGUGGGAAAAUAUUUAGCCAAAAGGCAGAGCUGAAGAGACACAUGAUAACUCACACAGGAGAAAAACCUUUUAGCUGCUCCGAGUGUUGUAAAGCUUUCGCUGCACGUGGAACCCUGAAGAAACACAUGGUAGUCCACACAGGAGAGAAACCUUUCACCUGCUCAAUUUGUAAUAAAUCUUUUACACGGAGAUGGAGUUUACGGUCACACAUGGUAGUCCACACAGAUGUUGAGCAGCUGUUGGUGGUUAAAGAAGAGGUUCCCCCUGAGCAGCAGGAGUGUAGCUCCAGUGUGGACCAGCAGGAGUGUAGCUCCAGUGUGGACCAGCAGGAGCCAGAGGCCCCCCCACACAUUAAAGAGGAACAGGAGGAACUGUGGAGCAGUCAGGAGGGAGAGCAGCUUCAAGGGCUGGAGGAGGCUGAUAUCACCAAGUUCCCAUUCACUCCUGUCCCUGUGAAGAGUGAAGAUGAUGAAGAGGAAGCUCAGUCCUCACAGCUUCAUCAAAGACAAACUCAACACAUGGAAACAGAAGCUGAUGGAGAGGACUGUGGAGGACCAGAACCAGCCAGGAACUCUGAUCCACGUUUACAACCAGAGACUGAAGACCAGACUGGAGACUCUUCUGAACCUGAGACUGAUGACAGUGCUGAUUGGAAGGAGACCAGAGAACCUCAGUCAGCUUUAAACUCUCUGGAACAUGAUUCAAGAUGUAAGAAACCAUUCAGCUGCUCUGAAUGUGGGAACAGAUUUAACCUUGAGUCACAUCUGAACAGACACAUGAUGACUCACACAAGAGAAAAACCUUUUAACUGCUUUGAGUGUGGGAAAAGAUUUAGACAAAAGGCAGAUCUGAAGAGACACUUGAUAGCUCACACAGGAGAAAAACCUUUCAGCUGCUCAGUUUGUGAUAGAAGAUUUGGACUCAAGUCAAAUCUUAAAAACCACAUGAGAUCUCACACAGGAGACAAACAUUUUAGCUGCUCUGUGUGUGGGGAAAGAUUUGGUAAAAGGCGACAUCUGAACAGACACAUGGUGACUCACACAGGACGAAAACAGUUUAACUGCUCUGAGUGUGAUAAAGCUUUCGCUGAACAUGGAACCCUGAAGAAACACAUGAGAACUCACACAGGAGAAAAACCUUUCAGCUGCUCAGUUUGUAAGAAAUCUUUGGCAGAUAGAGGAAGUUUACAGAGACACAUGGUAGUCCACACAGGAGAGAAACCUUUCAGCUGCUCAGUUUGUAAGAGAUCUUUUGCAGAGAGAGGAAGUUUACGCAAACACAUGGUAGUCCACACAGGAGAGAAACCUUUCAGCUGCUCAAUUUGUAAGAAAUCUUUUACACGGAGAGGAAGUUUACAGUCACACAUGGUAGUCCACACAGGAGAGAAACCUUUCAGCUGCUCAAUUUGUAAGAAAUCCUUUACACGGAGAGGAAGUUUACGGUCACACAUGGCAGUCCACACAGGAGAGAAAAGAUUCAGCUGCAGUGUUUGUAACAGAAAGAUUUACCCGGCGUUCUCAUGUCAAAAGACAUAAAUGUGUUGGUCAGAUGGAGACCGAAGCUGAUGGAGAGGACUGGCAGUUUUUCCCACAGAAUUAAAUUCCAUUUUUGGUGGUGGCUGACCCAGGGUGGGGGGCAGAAAGAGGUGCAGACUUCUUUAUAUUAAUUGUACUGCAAAUAUUUUUAUACCAUUUAAAUUAGGGAAGGCGGCUUUCGCUUCUGAUAACGUUUUGCCCCUCCUUAGUUGAAAAAUGUAGGGGUGACUUACAUAAGGUAACACAAAACAUUAUGAAGUGUAAUAUUUUCUAUUUUGAAAUAUUGAUGAAUAAAUUGUCCCUGAUGUAGAGUAACAGACCGCCCCUACAGUUCGGCAUGCAUGUGAACCGCAGAUUGUUGCAAAUGUAACCGUCAUAGUGUGAAAUUUGUUUGGAACUCUUUAUAUUCUAACAUUCACUGGGAAUCAAAAUGGCUUCUACCGUACAAAUUUGUUAUCCCCAAUAAACUGAAAGAAUUACAUUUUAAAAUACUGCACAAUUAUCCUACUAACAAAUUUGUUUCAAGAUUUGUGGCUCUGGACAAUAAAUGUGAAUUUUUUUAAAUUGAGGAAGAAAUUAUUAUACAUCUAUUCUGUGGAGUUUAGGAUUUUUUUUUUUAAACUAUUUCAAUGUUCAAAAGAAGUACGUAAUUAAAUUGGAAGAAAAAGAUGAUAUUCUCAAUUAUGAUAACAAAAACAAAACAAUACAUGGGAUUUUCAGCCUAGUAAUUCUACAGGGGAAAUUUUAUAUCCAUAAAGCGAAAUUUUCUAAAUCUCUGCCAGCUUUUACUCACUUCAGAAUUGAAUUUCUGAAUUUUUUUGAGUCUAUCCAAAUUAUUAUUGAGAAAAGUAUUCAUAUAGCUGAUGUACAACCAAUACCUUUUCAAGGAAAUAUGAUUAUAUAGCCUAUAUUCCACUUCACCUUGUAUUUGUAUUGUAUUCUUUUUUCUCUCUUUAUGUAUUGAA